CGUCUGUGCCGAGUCUACUCUGUCAAUUCUAAAAACCCCAUUUCAUUAGAUCUCCCCAAAAAAAAAUGCGUUAACAAUGGAAAAUCAAUCUCGGCCAGCAACCGCCUACCCUGCGUCCGCCUACCCCCACCCGCCGCCACCCAAUACUUACCCCAACUCCGCCACUGCCGCCGCCGCCACCGCCGCUACCGGUUACCCUUACGCCGCCCCCCCGCCCCCUCACCCCACCUACUACUACCCCAACAACAACCCUCACUACCCCCAGCCCUACCCCGAUCCCCGCGCCACCUUCGCCCGCCGCCUCUUCGCCGUCCUCAUCGCCUCCUUCCUCAUCGCCCUCACCGUCGCCCUCGCCCUCUGGCUCAUCCUCCGCCCCCGACUCCCCGACUUCCGCGUCGACUCGCUCACCCUCUCCAACCUCAACCUCUCCUCCUCCUCCAUCACCGCCAACUGGGCCAUCAACUUCACCGUCGUCAACCCCAACAAGAAGAUCACCUUCUACUACGACCAGGUCCAGGCCUUCGUCUUCUACACCGACGUUUCCCUCUCUCAGACCACCGUGCCGCCCUUCGUCCAGCCCACGAGGAACCAGACGCCGGUCAGGGCCACGUUCGCAGCCGCGGGGGCGUACGUGGGCAAACCGGUGGUGGAGGGGAUUAACGGGAGUCGUGGUAGCGUGAAUUUUAACGUGAGGGUUUUGGCUAGGGUUAGGUUGAAGGCCGGGUGGUGGCGGGCCAGGCAGCGGAACUUGAGGGUUUAUUGUGGAGAUUUGGCUGUUGGGAUGAACUCGUCGAGUAGCGCCGGAGGGACGCUGGUCGGUGGACCGAGGGAUUGCAGGGUUGCUCUGUGAGGGCAAAUUAGAUUGUAGUCUAUGUGGCUGCGUUUUCUCCAACCUGAAACAAGGAGGAUAAUACUGCAGUUACUUUGUUAGCUUUUUCAUUGACUUAUGUGAUGGAAACAGACCCCUUAGAAGUUAGAAAAAACGGAAAGCGAAUGCAACAGAAUGGAUGUAUUUUGUGGUUGUUGCAUGAUUGAAAGUGAUUCUGUUUGGAUUUAAACUAUAUUUGAAUGGUGCUUUGGGCUUGUUUGCCAACAUUGGCAAACAGAGUGGGCAUACGCUCGUUCUACAUUGCACUAACUGCUGGCAUAAUGGUCGUAGGCUUGUAGCGUGGGUGAUGGUAUAUCAAUUUCUUAAGCGAUACACAAUGGGUUUGAUGCCGCUG